CACCUACCUCACCUGCCUGACCUACCUGUACCUGACUUCCACCUCACACGCAUGUAACUGACUGCCUUGGCACUCUUCUGACACGACUGCAUCCGCACCUCGGAUACGCUACCUGAUUGUCAUUGCGCAGGUCGCAAUGUCACAGGGCACAUAUCGCACUCUGCGCAAUGGAGGCAGACUGGAAUGAGGCGGCACGCUUGACCAACCCAGGCACGUACCUCACCACCUUCUGUUUUGACCCAUCCGAGGACCUGCUGUGGACAGGCAGUGAUACCGGCCGAAUAACGUCCUUUUAUGGACCCGAGUUGCAAAAGUACACUUCGUUUCGAGCUCACUCCAGCAGCUCUCCCCGGGGAGCGCAAGGCAGUGCAGCAGUCAAACAGAUCCUGUUCUGCAACAGAGGGGUGGUGUCCGUGGCAAGUAGAAGUGUGCAUCUCUCCUCACGGCGGGGGCUGACACAAUGGCACCUUGCACUGGACGGUAUGACCGACCUAUGUUGUAUGAGCUUCACCACGCGGGAUGCCACUGAGUUGAUUGUGGCUGGAUGCCAGACACAGAUGUAUCGCAUUGACGUCGAAAAGGGCACUGUGACUGACACCUGUACCCCUACUGGCUCAGCUCCCUACACACUCAUGCGCUUUUCUGGUCAAUAUGUCUGUGCUGCAGCCCACGACGGUUCUAUCCACCUGUUGGAUCCGAAGUCGCUCGCCGUCGUCCACAGCUGGAAGGCGUACGCUGGAGUUGUGAACGACAUGGACGCCCGAGGCGACUAUCUGCUGACCUGCGGCUGGGCCCAAAUGCAGUAUCAGGGUCUGGCGUUGGAACGUCUCGUUCGUGUAUACAACUUGAAGACCAGGAAGCCUGCACCACCAUUACCAUUCCAGUCAGGAGCUGCGUACGUGCGGCUUCAUCCACGACUCUCGUCCACUUGCAUUGUACUGGCUCAAAGCGGGACGCUCCAAGCUAUCGAUAUACAGAAUCCAGAGGUGCCGAACAUGAAAUAUGCGAACCCAACGGAACCCAAGUUCACAGGCCUCGAGCUAAUGCCAUCUGGAAAGGGCUUUGCGUUGGCGGAUGGUAGCAAUAGUGUCAUACUUUGGGGCCCACCUAACAAGCUGCAAUUCACAGACUCUGCAAACUCAACAGAGUUUCCGGACUUAAUCGCGAGUCACAAGCACAUAGAGUGGACGGCAACUACAUCUGUGAGCUCAGUAGGCAUGCCGUACUACCGGGAGACACUCUUAUCUAAUUGGCCGAACAGCCUGAUUCACCAGGUUGGAACAUCCACGCCUCGCAUCGACAAUCUUGACUCUUCCUUUCGUACUUGUGACUUUGGCAAGGUCGGAACAAACCCACGGACCAGGCUGCGCCACCAAGCGCCAGACUUGGUACAGCAAAGUCUUCCUGAUCCUCUCUCAGCUCCAAAAUUUCUAAGCGAGAAGUCGAAGGUGGAGAACACAGAAUCAGAUCCACAUCGGCGCAUGAGUGAAGACCUCCUCAAGGCAUUGACCCAAUUCAAGGUGGAUGGCAAGACUGUCAAAGAUGCCCGAUUUUUGUACCGCAAUGUCGAAAUCAAGUACAGUAGGUUUGGUGUGGAAGACUUCGAUUUCCGAUACUACAACAAGACAAAGUUUGCAGGACUGGAGACUCACAUCGUCAACUCGUACGCCAACCCGUUGUUGCAGCUGCUUCGCUUCACAAUGGUGGCCCGCAACCUCAGUUUACACCACACGGCGCGAGACUGCAGGAUAGAGAGUUGUCUCUUGUGCGAGCUUGGAUUUCUAGUUGACAUGCUCGAAAAAGCAAAUGGACCGAAUUGCCAAGCUACGAACUUCUUGCGAGCUUUGAACAAGCAGCCGGAUGCAUUCGCCCAGAACAUCAUCGAGACACAACUGGCAGGGGCCUCGCUGACCGUGAUGAUUCAGAAUCUGAACCGCUUUCUGUUUCAAAAGCUCGAGGACAACUUCAAAAGAGUGGCGCCGUCCCUGGACCAAUUUCAUUUAGCAUUUGGUACGAUUGGCCUUGACGUUACCCAAUGCGUACAGUGCAGCUACGAAAGCAGAAUGGACAAGGUCUGGUAUGCUCACGACUUGACUUAUCCACCACGGCAAACAAAAUCGCGGCCAACACGCCAGUACUUUUCUCAGGUGCUGAAAGCCUCGAUUGAACGGCACAGCCAACAUCGAGGCUGGUGCUUGCGAUGCAACGGCUACAAGAACAUGGUGUCCCAUCGCGCUGUGCACAACCUGCCCGCCGUACUCAUGCUAAAUGCCGCGGUCGCCACGAACGAGUCGAGGCAACUGUGGUCGACUCCUGACUUCUUGCCAAAAGAAAUCGGUGUCAUCGUGAACAAUGGCCGUUUCUUCUGCUACGAGGGCGAGGACCUGCGGCUGCAUUUGCAGCGAGCGCAUUUCAAUAUCACUGUCUAUCAGCUGGUGGGCGUGGUCGCAGAUGUACUGCCAAGCGAGAAUGAGAAGUCCCACCUUGUCGCCACGAUCGACGUUGGACUUUCCGACAUCGACACGAGUCGCGAAGGCGAUUGGCAUCUAUUCAACGACUUCUUGGUUCACCAAGUUUCCCAAGAGGAUGCUUUGCACUUCAACCCGCAAUGGAAGCUACCUUCGGUCAUCACGUACCAGGCCAAGAGCAUGGCGCAUGUCGUCGAUGACAAAUGGAAGAAUGCUAUAGACACCGGCAUUCUGUACCGAAGCCCUGCGCAACCUGCGAUUGUGGAUACGUACCAGUUCAGACCUCUUUCCGACCAUGAGACCCUGCCCACCAAAGGAGUCCACGUGGCAAUCGACGCUGAGUUUGUACGACUCCUCCGAGAGGAGAUAGAUGUUGGGCCAACUGGCAAGCGGACCAUGACGCGUCCUGCACGCUCAGGCUUAGCAAGAGUUUCGGUACUGCGGGCAGAUGGCCUCGAUCGUGAGCUACCUUUCAUCGAUGACUACAUCAGCAUCGAUGAGCCGAUAGACGACUAUUUGACGCAAUACUCUGGCCUGCAUGAUGGCGAUCUGUCUCCAGGCAGAAGUCGCUACAGAUUGGUGCACCUCAAAGAUGUUUACAAGAAACUUUGGGUGCUGGUGAACCUUGGCUGCUCAUUCAUCGGCCAUGGUCUGUCCAGUGAUCUGCGGAUCAUCAACAUCCACGUCCCCGAGGCGCAGCUCAUUGACACCCAGGAGCUGUUUUCACUAGGUAAUCGAACUCAACGUAAACUUUCGCUGCGGUUCUUGGCAUGGGCGGUACUACAGGAGGACAUACAGCAGGAUGUUCACGAUAGCAUUGAGGAUGCACGAACAGCACUACGUCUGUGGCUCAAGUAUCUGGAGUUCAGCGAUGCUGGCAUAUUGGAAGUGUGGAAGGAUCGCAUCAUGUCGGCAGGAAGGGCGACCAAUUUUCGACCUCCCACUGUGGAGAGUGCUCCCAGCACGCCUCUGCGAAACCCGGUCCAAGCUGCUGUCACUGUAUCUGACCUAGGUAGUCCACUCAACAAAAGUUGAUGAUGUGGCUGUGGUGCACAGCCCUGGGAAUGCGAAGCGAGCCAACAGUAAGGUAUACACGAAGUGUCAUCAGUGAUAUAUCGCACAGUCGGUACCCAUGGUCUUGUAAUUGCUACGAUCAGGAGCCCUUUCUCCCAGUGAAUUCAUGGGCCACGGGUUGCGCAAGGGACCUUGCCUUACAUACAUGUAUCUGUACAUAUUGGUAUUUGCCUUGUCAGUAGGUAGCGUCAGUAGAAGAUGUAGACAAUCAAUGGAACAAUACU